AUGAAAUCCGUCUACUUUUUGCUUUUGCUUUCUUUCAUCGUUGCUAUCAAUGCGCGAAAAGUGAGCGAUGAAGAAUAUCGAAGCCCACUUGAGCGCAAACCAGCUCCGCCGCCGGCAACAUUCUCGAACGGCGUAAACGGCGUCCGUAUCAACGUUGAAAUUCUCCCGCAACACACCGAUGGCGACGAUUCUGAUUCAUCCGAACAUCACGUUCGGAAAUCGAGAAAACAUAAGAUGAGAUUUGUCCGAGACUAA